CACUCAUGCGCCGCGCGACCUGCCGACCACACGCGCACCCCACCACCGCCUGUGACCCUGCGACCACGAGCUCAACAAACAUUUGGACAUUUGUACCCGGCAUGUGCCAGUGACUGAGCGUCAGUGAUAGUGAACCAAGUGACUUUACCCACAUCGUGAUAUGUGCUGAAGAGUGUACCAGAAGUGAUUUUUUUAAGCAAUCGCAGCCUCUACCAUUAACUUAAAUAUGGUGAGAGGGGCGACGUCAGUGCUUACGCUAGCGCUGGCAUGGGCGUGCAUCGUUCGCGCCAGCGUCCUUGUGCCCACCUACGUGCUGCCGCCCGAGUCGUUCGUGCGAGAUCAGCGCUCCCUCGCCGCGAAACCCGACUCUGACCCCGCGGAGUCGCAACGGAUGAUUAGACGUUUAAUUGGGGGCCACAUGAAAAUCAAACCCGAAAAAGACCACGGCAAUUAUAAAAACUCCAUUAAUUCAGAUGCAAAAACUGAAAGUGGAAAAUUUGCAGGAGUGAUAGUGCCCGAACUAUCGGGCGGCACCGUCGGAUGGAAUCAAGGAAUCUGGGACGACGGCAUGCUCAUGUCGAGCGCUGGCGAGGGGAAGGACGCCGGAAAAACGAAAGACGUUGACGAAGAUAAAAAAACGUUAUCCGAUCAAGUGGCCGAAGGCAAAUACGGACUGAUACAGAAUGAAAUUUUUUCUAAAGCACCUAAACGACCUGGGAUUUUGAGUUACGAGCCGAAUUCAGAGACAAGAUCGAAAGAUAAUCUUCAAAGUCUAGGGGGACUAAAGAAAGACGAAAUAUGGCUCGCGGAAGAUCAUUUGUUAGUUCUCAAAGGAGGCUCAUUCCCAGAACGUACAAAAGAAACGGAAAACAGGCCGUGGCCACCGAUCGAUAACUAUGAGGCGCCUAGAAGGCAAGUAAAAUUACCACAGAAACCCAAAAUACCACCGCCCUUUCCAGUUCGACUCUCCGACGACGGCCCGCUCGUCUUCCUUACGCCUAACGGCAGUAUCCCUGCGCCCCUUUACCCACCCUACCCUACAGGAGAAGGCGAAGGCCCUGUACCUCCUCCGUCAUUCUUUUUCCCACAGGGAGCGCCCUACCCCUCGGGUGAUAAUCAGAGAAACUCUACUUCCGGGGGAGCGCCGAUGCCAGAUCCUCCGUUCCCAUUCCUACCCGGGAAUGCGAGCGAAGGAGCAUACCCAUACCCAGGAUCCAUAAACGGCUCUUUUCCAGAAGGCUUUCCACCGGGCGCGGCAUUUCUACCACCACCCAGCAACCAGACCGAUCUUUACGACGAAGACGACCCUUCGAUCUACUAUCCGCCGCCAUACAAUUUUUCUUAUCACACUAACUACCACAGCAACGUACCGGCUGGACCUCUCGUACCUGGGAUAAUAUUACCACCGCCGCCCGAUUUCUUUGCACCCCUUGAAGAAAAAACUACAACUGUUAAAACAAGGCCGACGUCUACAACUCAUAUGAGGUCAAAAGUUACGACUAAACAACCCUCAACCGUGGGUUAUAGAGGUAAAUACAAAACAAGGCCUACAACAACAGAAGCGUGGACAACUGAAACUCCCACAACAACAUCGACGCCACCAGUAGAAGUAGUAACAGCUCCUAAAUACAGAAAGCCUCAGCGAAUACAGUCAAUAUCACCAAGAAAUCCAGUCAGAGUCCACAAUCUUCCGGAUGAGAUUACCACGAAGCCAAAAACCGAAAAACCAGUGUACAAAACAAGAACAAAAUUAACAUCAAAACCUAUUUCAGUUUCGGUAUUUUACGAUUAUCCAGAAACAGUUUACGAUAACAAAAAUCCUACAACUACUGAAAAGCCCUACAUUGUUUACAAAGUACCACAAAAGGCUAAUAACGAAUAUACCAACGAUAUAACAUCUACAUCGGUACCGCUGAGGGCUUAUUACUCUAACACUCAAAACGAUGAAGUUCCCACAACUAAAUUACAACCCGUGUACAACCGUAAACCAAAUGAAGACGCGAUAGCUUCCUUCUAUUUCUUCGAUGAACAACCGAAAAGUUCUCCAGCUCCUGACCCAUAUUUCGAUGGCAGAAAUUAUUAUAAAACUGUACCUAGUCAGCGACCUUAUGCUCAAAAUCAAAAUGUGAACACACAAUCUGGAUUCUCGCCGUCCGUUGAUGUUGCUUAUGGAUCUAUUGACCAAGCGGACGCUCUGUUUUUGUGGCCACAAAAACAAGGUCCUAGAACGCUAACACAAGAAUAUUUCAGUGUACAAAAACCAAAGCAACAGAACGUAUACGUGCAACAAAUAAAACAGCGCCCUAAUGCAUUCUACCAACAAAUUGCAGAUAUUCAACAGACGAUUGAAUUAUACACGACAAAGAGGCCAAAGGCGCAUUCACACAGACCACACUCGACUAAACCGAAAGCCAUAACCUCCCGGCCAGUAUAUGAAUUCAGUUACGACACACAGCACCGCCCGGAGAAACUAACGUUCAGAGCACCUAAAUUAGACCCCGAACCAUUUAGGCCAAUGGUGAGUUACAGUAAACCAUUUAAUCUAGAGAACGAAUUCAAUGCUAUCACUCCUACAGUUGCAUCGGGAUAUCAUCAGCAAUACCUUGUCGAGAAUGCGCAUGUAACAACGGAAAAUCCAACAUCAUCAAGGUAUUAUCCAAAAACGAAAACAAGAGACGAAGACUACGAAGACUCUGUUUAUAACAAGGAGCCAACUCCCAAAACUAAUGGGAAUUAUAUUCCAGCCCAGACCGGCAAACCUGCGCAUCACACCAACAAACAUCCAAAUACUACACCUAAUCCGAUCAGUCAUGGCUACUAUACCAAACAAGAUGAAAAAUACAUUGAUGAUAUUACAAAGAACUCUUUCGACGUAUUUGGUCAAAAGCUUGAGGAUGGAACCCAUGAUGUCAAUGGCCUUGCUGUUACACCUCCUCUUGAAUCAGUAAAGACGCCGAUUAACAAUAAUAUAAAUCUGCAGUAUGACUACGAGAUCGUCGAUUCACAGAAUCCAAACCCACCAUCUCUGCAUAAGGACACGAAUGUAAACGAUCGCCUUCCCCGGCCAACUAUCAACCCCUACAGUGAAUCUAUUUACCAAGGUUCACCCAAUUCAGAACUGGUUCAACCACCGAAAGCACCAUCACUGUUACACGACACGGUGGUCAACGAUAGAUUCCCACGACCGGAAAUAAACCCUGACAGCGAGUUCAUACCGAUACCGAACCCUGGUUACAGGACAGCACAACAGUACAGGAUACAAUCGCAAGCACAAAGGCCUCAGUAUACUGGAGAGCAGUAUGACCUGAAUAGGCCUUCAUUGGGCGGGGACACGGCUGUGAAUUACAGGAGGCCUCUACCGUCUGUGAAUCCUGACGCAGAGUGGAUAGGGCCGGUGAACACGGCAGGGGAAGGUCGACCAGGGUCUUUUGUCUCGUACAGACUACCCGGGGAAGGCGCGCACGUUUAUUUCCUAACGCCCCAGGCAGCGCAGGCCGCCCGAGAGAGGUACAGAACGCCGGGAUACGGACGGUGAAACCAAAGCUCUAGUCUGAACAGUACGCGGUAAGCGACGAUACGUGUAAAUACAAAGCAAAUGUGAUGUUAAAGUGUCCUAAGUAGUAUUAGAAUGAAAAGACUAGCGGGCAGCCCGCAUUGCCAUAAUAUUUAAAACGCAUUAUAAAAAUGCAGUGAAGUGCGACUGUUGUUAUGAAACCAGCGAACGCUAACAAGUUUUUAGAGGAACUAUUUAUUAAAUUAUUAUUGUUAAGAGACUGUGGUGCAAGCCUAGAUAUAAGUAAUUUAUUCAUGUAUGUCAGUAUUGAACUCAUUAGAUGUGAUACUGUUUGUGGGCAUGUAUGUGAAAAUUGUUGCAAAUGGAAUGAUAUGUUUAACUGAUUGUUACUUUUAAAUUGUAUAAACGAUGGCAAGCGAUUGUGAUUUUUUGUAUGACAUUUAUAAACAAAAGAUUUGAUAUAAGAAAUAAAAUUAAAAAUGUU